GAGAGAGAGGGAGGGACCGCGCGGCGGCGCCGCCCCGGUGGAAUCCCUGCCCUGAUGUCGGCGACAGCGAAGGGCGGCAGCGAUAGCUCCGCCGGAAGCUCCGGAUCCACCCCCUCGUCGCCGGCGACAGGCAGGGGCGGCAGCGAUAGCUCCGAUGCCAACCAGCCCUCGCCGGUGAAGGAGCGGGGUGUUGUGCUGUCGGAGCUGCUCGGGCACAUCCAUGGGUACUACAAGGCUGCGCUCGGCCGGCUCCCGGUGGAGGAGACGCCGGCGCUCAUCCCGCCCCUCCUUGACGCCGGCGUCUGCUUCGGCCUCAUGGAUCCCAUCUCCAACAUCAUCGUCAACACCGUCUCCGAACCCCUCCUGCCCGACUGCACGGCGUCGGAGGAGGAAGAGGAGGAUGGGAAGUCGAGGAAGAGGAAGAGGGGGAGAGACGAGGCAAUUUUGUCCGAGAUCGCCGCGGAUGCCAGCUGCAUCCGCUGCUUUCCUCCGAGGAUGGGGCGGUGCGAGACCUCGCCGGAGCGGAGGAGGAACGUCCCCGUCGCGCAGCGCUCGCUCGAGGGCCUCGUCACCUUCCUCAUCUGCUACUUCCGCCACCUCCCCGUCUCGGAGGCCUUGCACUACCUCCUGCUCACCAAGGCCGACCUGCUCGCCGCCGUCCACCUCAUCGAGUACACUCGGGGAAUUGGAGGCAGGCUGUUCCCGAUCUCCUCCCCAACCACAGAGGUUGCCCUCCGCUGCGCUGCCAUCUCCGCCUCGCACCCAGACCCGCCAGCAUUUGCAGCCAGAUCACUCUCGCUAGCUUCGCGUCUUGGAGAUCAGCCUCCUCGCAGAUUCUCACCGAUGGAUGCUACCUGUCUCUUGAUGCCAUCCACCGCCUCCACGAAUUUCUCCAGGAACCUCUCAAGGAGCCACCCGACUUCCCGAAACCUGUCCGGCAGGCGGCUCUUCGCUUGAAUCACUACAUCAAAGGAAUCAGCAGCUUGAACAAGUUCCCCCAUGAAUUCACAGAUACUCUGAGAACUCUUCUCCUGGAGAAAAUCCAUGUGUUGUACCUCAAAGCGAUCGCGCGGCUUCCCAGGGAUGAUUUGCGCAGACGCUAUCACCAUAGCCUCCUCAAGGCAGGCCAUUGCUUUGGUCCUGCUAAUGACCGUGUCUCCAACAUCAUCCUCAACACCAUCUGGUACGACACCACAUUCCCUCCACAUGAGGAGCUUAAGCUGGACAUGAUCUGCACCAACAGUCUCGUGCGCAUUGAGUGCCGCUCCCUCAACGGCCUUCUUGCUUUCCUCCACAACCUCUUCCCUGCAUUAUCUGAACACGAUGCCAUGAUGUACCUUUUCCACUCCAAUGCUAACCUUGAACAAGUCACUUUUAGAGCAAUGUGCGAUCAUGAUAUAUCCUGCUCUCAUGAGGAUGCUUACAAGGCAGCAGCAGACGCGGCAUGGCAUCCUCAUCCUGAUGCUCAAGCUGAAUUCGCUGUGUCAACCCAUCCAAUGCUGUUGCCCAUUGACAAGCCAUCGCUAGCGGUUAGCCGCACACUCACUUCCAAUGAGGUGGAGCUCAUUUCAAGAUAUUUUUCACAGAAAUCAUACCCUGCCAAAUCUGUGCCAUCAGUUCCUGAAUUGGUUCCCAGAGCUGACGAGUUGGUCAAACGCAGCCAGCAAAAUUUCAUGGCUAAUCAAUAUUUCAUCUGCAGAAAGGUGAAAGCUGCAUUGAAGAGAUAUGCAAAAGAAAAGGGAACCGAGUAUGAACUUCAUGUCAUCUGCGGUACAAAUUUUGAUGUACCUGAGAAUGGCAGAUAUGGUUACUUUCGGAAUCGCAAAGGAUUUCCAUAUGCUCAUGUGAAUUUUCUGGCAAGACCAAAGGGUUCACAGCGUGAUAACACUGCUCCUAGUCUUUUCUUCCUGGAGUGCAGCAAUGGUGAAGAAGAUAUUGGUACACUAUUUUCAUGCUGCGCUGAACUAGAGUCGCCUACAGAUUCUGGUAGGUGCUUUCAUUGUGAGUGCAAAGGAACUAAGAUUGUGCAUCCAGCUAUUGGAACAUACCGAGGGCGUGAAACAGACUUCGAGGAAAUGUCUUGUGGGAAACAGGAAAUUGACAGUAAAGGACUUAUUAUCUCUGAGAAGAUGGCUAUUGAGUUUGUGGGUUUAUGUGAGGAUGACAGUAUCUAUUUUGAUCCUUCUAAGGACUAUGACUUCGCUCUUGGCUUGAACAACUUAGUUAGGGAGGAUGAUGAAGCUCUUGAAGAGCUUCACAGAGACAUUGCCGAGUGCGAGAGAAUGAAAGUCUGUGACAUGUCCUGUGAGCCAGAUCUGUUGGCGGAAAUCACAGAGGAUGUUUUGCAAGAUUGUCAAGGGCAUCUUGUUCCCCAGUGCUAAAUUGCAAUCUUAUUUGGUAGGCUAUGUUAAUCAGUUAUAUGAUGGUGAAAUUUAUUUGUCUAUGCUGUUAUGUUAUAUAUUCAUGUGCACACUUAAAAGACCAGAUCCAUUUUAAUGUGCAAUGCUAAUCGCUUUGCAGCUAGUCUGCAAACUUAUGUAAUGCCUA